AUGAUCAAAAUCCAUAACUUGCUUAAUUACAUUUAAAGUUCAUCAAACAGAAAAAUAAAAAUAAAAAGGAAAAAAUUCUGAUAAUAUCAUAAUACCAUUAGCUAUUAAUUAGAGAGAUGACAACAGCAACAGGAAUACUUGAAGUAUUAGUGGUUUCAGCUAAUGGUCUUUCCAAUGCUGAUUUUUUAACAGGUAAAAUAGAUCCCUAUGUAGUCGUUCAAUACAAAGGUCAAGAGCGAAAAACCCAUAUUGCAAGAGGGCAAGGUAAUAAUCCAGAAUGGAACCAAAAAAUGAAAUUCAGGGCAGAGUACCCAGGUUCAGGGACUGACUACAACAUUACUCUUAAGCUCAUGGACCAUGACACUUUCUCGAAAGAUGAUUUCCUUGGCCGAACUACGAUUCAUGUGGGUGAUCUACUUGCUAUGGGAGUAGAGAAAGGUUCUUAUGACCUUCAUCCUUCAAAAUUCAGAGUGAUUGGGCAUGAUAAAAAAUACUCCGGUGACAUCAAAGUUGGAGUCAAAUUCACUAAGACAUCAAAUAACCUUGAUGAAGAAGAGCACUUUGGAGGAUGGAAAGAGGUAGCUAUGGUGCUUGAAUAGCUUCCCUUAAUUGGUAGUCAUUCUUCAAUUGUAUAUAAUAUAUAUAGGCUUUUUUGCAUCUAACUUGGUGGUUAAGCCUAUAAUAUAAAACAUUUUCUUAUUGUUGGAUACCAAGGUUGUUUCUAGAAUAUGGAUCAUAUUGGAUCAAGAUUUUAUUAUUCAAUCUCUAGGGAUUAAUUCAUUCAUUAGAAUUUUUUUUUAUAUACUUUUAAGUGUAGCGAUUCAAUUCAAUUGAUAUUACGGUUCCAUACUAAUGUUAUGUUUUUUGAUACUUUUGUAAUAUUGUUCUAUAUUAAGUUUAGAGAUUCAAUUCGAUUGAUGUUAUAAUGAAUUAAAAUUACAGCGAUAUAAUUGUUUUUAAGAUUGUACAAAAGUAUUUUAUUUAUCUAUGUAAUGAAAAAAAGUUGUUAUUCGCCCUAUUUCACUUAUAAAACUAAGAGACGAGAGUUAUA